AUGAAAUUUUUAGUGGUGUGCCCCAACGGGUCAGCUCUUCGAAUCGGUGAUGAUUGGCAGCGUUGUCAAACAUCAGCCGAUUGUCCAUCAUCGCAUAGCUGCAACAGCGUUCUUCAUGUGUGUUGCCCCACAUCUCGUAAGUACUUUCGAGCAGCUGACCUGUCUUUUGAACAACAAGUAACUUCAGAGACUAUAUGCACUCAACCAAAGCAGCCUGGGGACUGCACAUCCGCAGUAAGACGUUAUUGGUACAACUCAGCGUCCCGCCACUGUGAAAUGUUUUACUACACUGGAUGUCAAGGAAAUGACAAUAAUUUCAACACACUCGUGCUUUGUCAGCAAACUUGCAAAGGCAUAAUAGGAUGUGCGAAUGGAGCAGCACCAUUAACUGAAGAAAAAUCGAAUAGGCCAGUGGAGUGCUCAGUCUCCCAUCGUUGUCCUUCGACGCAUGAAUGUGUUGGUUUGCCUUCCAAUGGUGAAAUUCUGCACCGCUGCUGUCCAACAAAAGCAUUUAUAUGCAGCCAAGCACCACAGCAAGGAAGUCAGUGUUCGAUGGUUUCCAUAACCCGUUACUACUUCAACCUUGUGACUAGGCAGUGCACAACAUUCCAGUACAAUGGUUGCAAAGGUAAUCAGAACAACUUCGCGAACAAAGAGCAGUGUCAAGACUUCUGUUUGAGUGCAGGUUGCGAGGCUGGAGAGAUCGUUAUCAAGGAGCCUGGAACAUCACAUCCUCUUUACUGCGAUAUCGAAAUGAAGAACAGCUGCCCUAGCGCUGCGCAGUGUCGUUUCAAUAAUCUUUUAUCGACAUCAGUCUGUUGCGGAUUUCAAGCAACAGGUAUGCCACUUUCUCUGUUUUCCUGAAG